AGCCGGCGGGCAGCGUAUAAAUGGACACAGCUGCCGUCCCCUGCACUGUCGCCGCCGCCACACCGCCAAGAUGUUUCUGCCACGGGGUGUUCUCUCUGCGUUCGGUUUCGCCAUCUUGUUUCACGCACAAGUAUUUGCUGAUAACACAGUGACAAUUGGCGUCUACUAUGAAACGCUAAACCCAAACUGCAGUGAAUUCUUCAUAAACCAGCUGCUUCCGGCGUAUACACGUGCUCCAGGUCGUAUCAACGUUACACUGGUGCCAUUUGGCAAAACUGUGGUUAAUAGCACGGUUCCUCUCACUUUCAUAUGCGAGCACGGUGAAAAGGAGUGUGAAGGACUCAAAAUCCACUCGUGUGCCAUAGCCCUCGUCCAAGACCAGAUCUCGCUGCUAUGGCUGGCGGAGUGCACCAUCCGCAACCAGACACUCCCAGGAGCAAGACUGAUUGAGUGUGCCACGCGCCUGGGGAUCGAAUGGAGGCCGAUAGCGGACUGCGCCAAGACGACGAAUGGCAGCCAACUGCUGAAAGUCAACGGAGACAAAACUAAAGAGCUGAAUCCGAAACUUAAGAACGUACCCACCAUCACGUUGAACGGGACAGCUGAUGGUGUUUUACAUGAAUAA